AUGUAUAGAGAAUAUCUUCUCAAGCAUGUUUUAUAUUUAUAUUAUUGUUGUACUAUUUUCAUCAUCAUAAUCAUAAUCGGAUUAUCAUUGAUUUUUACAUCGAUCGAUGCAUCAAGAAUUCGUGUUCGUCAAGGUCGCCGUCAAUGGUGUCGUGGUUCACGACGAUUAGAACAUCUUCGUGGACGUUGUAUACCACAUUAUGAAUGUGUACAAAAUCGUGGCAUAUCGAUUGGACAUUGUUUCACUAAUCUAGUUGUGGCUAGUUGUUGUAUGUUACCAGAUCCACAAGAUGAUAUACUCAAUUUUCAUAGGCAAACAUUUUUUCAUUUCAAAAUCAAUUCUGAUCAUCCAAAUAAUAAUGAAAUACAAAGUAAACAUAUAUCGGCUGUCGAUUCUGGCGAUGCUCAAGGCAAUCAUCAUUCGGUAGGAAAUAAAACUAUUCCAACGGAUGAUUUACUCACAUCUACAACAACAAUAACUACUGAACAGAUCAUUAUGAUCAAAAACCAAACAGCCAUCACUAAUAAUAUGACAACCAAAAAUUUUGCUGACUGUAUGGAUAAUGAUAAAGAUAAUGGCAAUGAAAACGUUCAAAAUCCAAUUAAUUCGAAUAAAACAGCUACUACAACAACAAUUCCAUUGGAUCUGAAUUCGACUUUCAAUUCAAUUACGAAUAAUAAAAACAACAAUUGGUCAAGUUCAUUGCCAACAACCAGAUCGAUGGAAGAAUCCAUCAUUACAGCAACAAAAAUGAAUGCAUAUUCAACGCCAAGACCAAUUGAAAUCAAUCAAAAUGAAUUCUAUGAAAUUAUUUUGAAUCGAUCAGCAACAACAAUGACCAAAGGAACAAUCACUAAUAAUAAUCAUUCAUCGAAUUCGAAUCAAAAUUUAUUUAUUCAAGAUAUUCCCAUACAUUUUCCGAUAAUUUCACCGACACCUACUGCAAGUAUAACAACCACGACGACGACGACAACCAGAUCUUUUUCAUCACCAAAACUAUGCGGUGUAAGACCGUUAAGACCAACUGGACGUGUUGUUGGUGGCCGUAAUGCACAAUUUGGUGAAUGGCCAUGGCAAGUGUUGAUCAAAGAAAAAUCAUGGUUAGGAUUUUUUACCAAAUCUAAAUGUGGUGGUGUAUUGAUCGAUUAUAAAUGGAUUCUUACGGCUGCACAUUGUCAACCAGGUAUGAUGGGAUCAUUGAUAGUAAUGUUAGGUCAACAUGAACUUCAUGGUACUUCACGACAACUACGACCGGUUGUUAAAACUGUACGAAGAAUGAUUGUACAUCGUGAUUUUGAUCCGGAUACAUUUGAUAAUGAUAUUGCUUUAUUGGAAUUAGAUACACCAUUUGAAAUGCAACCACAUAUUGUGCCUAUAUGUAUGCCGAAUAAAGAUGAAGAUUAUGUAGGUCAAUUAGCAUAUGUUGCUGGAUGGGGAAAAUUAAGCUAUGGUGGUACGAUACCAAGUGUAUUACAAACAGUACGAUUACCGAUCAUCGAUAAUAACUUAUGUCAGACAAUGUUUGCCGAUGCUGGCCAUUAUAAAUAUAUACGAAAUAGUUUUCUUUGUGCCGGUUAUACACAAGGUGGCCGUGAUACAUGUGAAGGUGAUAGUGGUGGACCAUUAAUGAUGAAACGUGAUGAUGUUUGGACAUUGAUUGGUACCGUAUCACAUGGUAUAAAAUGUGCUGAACCAAAUUUACCUGGUGUAUAUAUGAAAACAUGGUCCUAUCUACCAUGGAUACGUGGCAUUAUUGAAAGAACAUUAUGAAACAUCGAAUCGAAUUGAUGUUGAAAAAACUCAAAUUCAAAUAAGAAUCGAAUCAUCAUUUCCAUAUUAGUUUGAAAUAAUAUUUAAAUAAUUUAUAAUUCUUUUUUUUCAAUUCUCAAAUUUUUGUAUAAAGUAAACCAAAAAAAAAAAAAAAAAAACUCGAAUGAAUGUGAUAUAAAAU